UUUUAGUGGACACACGGCCGGCAUACAUUUAUGUCUGUAACAGCUGUUCACUCUAAAUCGUCAGAGAUAUAAAUGCUGAAUGUUUGUGAAUACAGGGAGACGAGGGAGGUCCAAUGGUCAGUAAGAAAGACUCCCUGUGGAUUCAGUCCGGCAUUGUGAGUUUUGGUACAGGAUGUGCUGAACCCGAAUUUCCCGGUGUGUACACCAGAGUCUCUCAGUACCAGAACUGGAUCGAAUCUUACAUGGGCAGCAACCCACCUGGAUUUGUUGAAUUCAACACUGAUGUUCAGCAGUCACCUCCAACUACAAAUCCAAGCCCAACUCCAACUACAAAUCCAAGCCCAACUCCAACUACAAGUCCAAGCGCAACUCCAACUACAAAUCCAAGCCCAACUCCAACUACAAAUCCAAGCCCAACUCCAACUACAAAUCCAAGCCCAACUCCAACUACAAGUCCAAGCGCAACUCCAACUACAAAUCCAAGCCCAACUCCAACUACAAGUCCAAGCGCAACUCCAACUACAAAUCCAAGCCCAACUCCAACUACAAAUCCAAGCCCAACUCCAACUAAAACUCCAACUCUAACAUCCAACUCCAACUUCAGAAGUGCACCCAACUCCCUCUUAUUUUCCCUUUCUCUCACGUUCUCCAUCAUUCCUUUCACCUUCUAUUCCCUCUAUCUCUCUUCCUAAAGAUUGAUUGAACAAUAAUUCUCAGGGUUUCUUUGAUGAAGUGGACAGUUGUGCUGAACAUGUUAUUAAUAUUGUCAUUAUACAUUAUAUGUAAAUUAUAUUGUGAUUGAUGAAAAGCUCUCUUUUUGACAUUAUAAGAGCAUACACUAAUGAAGUUCCUGCUUCUGCACUCUGAGAUUCAGCAUGUUUUCAUAAAUAGUAGAGAUUAACCAAUAUUAUUAUUAUAACAAUACCAUUCCUUUUUUUGUUUAUAUGUGAUAACCAGCUUAACUGAUUUAGAGUCUUGUAAGAAAAAAAUGAUGAGGACGUUGAAGAUCUCGAUGAAGAAGUUUAUUGCAGCAUAGCAGUGACAAACUGGGUUCAUCAGAGUCAGAAUGAACCCAGAACAUCCAAAUCUCAAACCUUUUAUCCUGUUACAGUUUACCACUCUUCAUGUAAAUGUAGUUUCUCAUGUUUUACCUUGGAUCCUGCUUGUUGAAAAUGUAAUUAUCUUUCCUUAUUUAUUUAUCUUUAUGUAAUUAUCUAAUCAAUCACCAUGUUGUAGUCACACUGUCUAAGCAGAAUAAACACAAAAGAAGGAACUGACUUUGGGAAUGCUCUCUCUCUCCCUCUCUUCAUAGUGUCUUAAUGUUUUUAUGUAAACCCUGAUA